GUGUGUCACAGCGUGUGUGUGUCAGUGCGAGGGAUGGACGAGGUGCCGAGAGCCUCAUCUCGGCGUGCAGUUUAGGCAACAUCAGGAGCCAGGUGUCGUGCGGCAAACCGGAGACCCCCUCGCGCGGGGAUGAUCAUGAUCAUGACGAUAUGAUGAUGAGGAUGAGGAUGAGGGCUGCGGAGGUUCGUCACACGGUUCGCUUCUUCUUGUGCUUCGCGAUUGUCAUCGGACGGAUGGUGAUGAUGGGUUCGAGCGCGGACUGAGGAGGACCGAGGAGUGCGGCGCGCGCGUCCCUCGGACCCGCGCGGCUCUUGAUGGAAACCAUGUCUCCGCAGCAGGAGGAGAGUUCGGGUCAGACCCGCUCCGCGUCUCUCAGCGGCGACUCGCGCCUCUGCCUCUUACCUGAGGGCAAGAAGCAGAAGAUGAAGAGUUUGACGCAGCGCCGGCAGUCGGCUCCCUCCCUGGUCAUCAGCAAAGCCCUGACCAGAACCAGAACCGUAUCCAGGGAGAGCUGCUUCUCCCCCGUCAGUCCCGAGGCCUGUCCCCUCGUCCAGUCCUUCCUGGGCGCAUCCAGAACGUUCCUCACACACAGCCACGUCCAGCUGAAGACGGGUCUGCAGACGCAGGAGCGCCACCUCUUCCUCUUCACCGACAUCCUCCUCAUCGCCAAAGCCAAGUCCUCCACUCACUUCAAGCUGAAGACCCAGGCGCGAGUGAGCGAGAUGUGGACGGCCAGCUGCAUGGAGGAGGUGUGUGAGGGCAGCACCCACCCGGAGCGCAGCUUCGUCAUGGGCUGGCCCACCUGCAACUGCGUGGCCACCUUCAGCUCCGCGGAGCAGAAAGACAGAUGGCUCUACUUAAUCCAAAGCCGAAUGAAACAGGAGAAAGACAAAGACGACCCUAAAACUGUUCCGCUGAAGAUAUUUGCAAAAGACGUCGGCAACUGCGCCUACUCCAAGACUCUGGCUGUCAGCAACUACGACUCGACCAGCGACGUCAUUCGCAUGGCGCUGCAGCAGUUUGGGAUUUUGGCCUCGGAGAGGGACUACCAGCUGUGGGUGAGCUCGAGGAGGGACGCCGCCCCGUACCCCCUCAUUGGUCACGAGUUCCCCUUCAGCAUCAAGAUGAGCCACAUCCGGGAUCCCUUACCACAGACCGGUGGAGGGAAGGAUGCCGUAACCCCUCCGGGCCUGCAGGGGGCGCUCUUGCUGGAACAGCUGCCCCUUCACAUGCAGUGUCAGUUCAUCCUCAAGCCGAGCCGCUCGGCCGCAGGUCAAUCCUUAACGGAUCAUGGUCCCAAGCCUUUCAGGAGGAAACGCUCCCUCCUCAGCUGGGCGUUCUGGAGAGGGUCCACCUCCCAGCUGGACGAACCUCCGCCGUCGCCUGCCGCCCCAGCCACCGGUCGGCUCUUUGGCUUGCCCCUCAGUGCCGUAUGCCAGGACAACGCCCUCCCCAAACCCAUAAUGGACAUGCUGGAGGUCCUGUUCCACCAAGGCCCGCAGACAAAGGGCAUCUUCCGCCGUUCAGCCAGUGCCAAACUUUGUCGCGAGCUGAGGGACAAGCUCAACUUGGGGGCUGAAGACGUCCAGCUGUCCCACGAGUCCAUCUUCGUCACCGCUGCCGUCUUCAAGGAGUUCCUGCGCAACAUCCCCGGCAGCCUGCUGUCCCAAGACCUCUAUGACCAGUGGGUUGGAGUGCUGGAGCAGUCAGAAGGAGAGGAGGAGCAGGUCCAGGCUGUGCAGAGGCUCGUGCGCCGGCUGCCGGCGGAGAACCAGCUGCUGCUGCGCCACGUGCUCGCCGUGCUGCACUGCGUGGGCCACAACUCCAGUGACAACCAGAUGAAUGCCUUCAACCUGUCAGUCUGCAUUGCCCCCAGCAUGCUCUGGGCCCCUGCCCCCUGCAGCCCGGAGGCGGAGAGCGAGGGCACCAAGAAGGUUUCUGAGGCCGUGCGAUUCCUCAUCGAGAACUGCACCAAGGUACUGGGAGAUGACGUCACCACACUUUUCUGCCAGUUCCCCCAGAAGCGCGGAAGCAGCGACCAAGGAUCUGAUGUGUCCUCCUUCCAGAUGAAUGACUCGUCUUAUGAUAGCUUGGAGAAUGAACUGAACGACGACACUGAGUCGCCUUUCCAGGAUCUAUGUCGACGACGAGACAAGCAGGACAACUGGAGUCGUGACUCUGUUAUCACUCUGAGUGACUGUGAUCUGGACCAGGCUGACUCUAAACCCGAGCCUGACCCCGAGCCUGACCUCCUGCAGCUUCCCCCGCUGGUUCGUCCUAGGAAGUUUACACCAGUCCUGCGUCAGCCCCGUACCUGUCUGCGUCCACAGGGGGAUCUGUCGAGCCAGGACCUACUGUCCCCGUCCACUGGCCGACGGUUACGACGCUGCUCUGAACCCACUCUCGGCCACUCUCCAUCCAGCUCGGUUGCUCACCUCCUGCAGCAUCCUGCUGUGAUCCGCAAGGCCAGUUAUGAUGCGGUGACAGCUGGCACCAAGGAUGAAGAGGAUCCUGAAGAGGAGGUCUUUGUUGGGCACAUGCGCAGGUUGCACCUGGAGACGCGGAUGGAUCCAGAUGAAAUUCAGGGAAAUGGUAGGAAGGUGCUCCAGAUUGCCACAGGGUGCAAACUCAACCGGCUGCCACCACUGCGCCUGGAUGCCAGCUGUUCCAGCUUGUCGUCCCCUGCCACUUCACCCUCAGCUUCCUCCAUGAGUUCACUGGACAGCGCCUUCUCCCAGUACUCCACUGACUAUGCCCUCUUUGCUGCCAUUGAACCAUGCGGCAGUGCCAUGCGGACUCAAGGGAGCACCUCACCUCGUUCUCCCAGCCUGAGCACCAGUUCCCCAGCCUCUUCUGGCCAUGCCCCAAUCCCUAUCCCCCAGCCCAGGGAAGUGUCUGACUGGGCUCAGCACCGUACAGCCUAUGGCCUUCACCCUAACUCAUGGCUGAAGAAGGACAACCGUUUGUCGUUGCUGCAGCCGGACCAUUCUGGUCACGAGGGACUGAAAGACCAGGAUCUCUGCAGCAGUCCUGGCAGUGGUCCUCUUGUCUCCAGGUCCCCUGGUGCCUGGAUAGGCCUAGAGGGUGUUAGAAAGGCUCAAGACUUGGCACACCUGUCCAAGAGGAGGUCGAGCUGCCCACCGUCCUAUCAGCAGGCUAUACUGCAGAUCCAGCACUUAAGGUCUCCCUUCUACAGGGCUAAGGACAAAGGGCUGACUGUGAAGGAGCUGAGACAACUGCAUGAUCAAGCAACCCAGAACAAGUCUACGGUGAAUCCAAGGUCCACAGAAAGUAAUGAAAUCCACAGGAAUACAUCCACAGGAAGUGACCGAAGCCACUUGCCCCAGGAAGUGUUUUAUGGUCAGAGCCCUUCGUGUUUGACUCUGCAGAAGGAGACAGUCCACUCCCCUGGUGCAGCUUUGGCCUUUCCACGCCGUGCAUCCGAACCUGCGGUUAUUCACUCCAGUGGCGAUGGGGCACCCUCUGCUGCCCAAGAAGGGUGUCCCAAAGGCAACAUGGAGCUGGUGGGAAGGAGUGUGCAGCACUGUGGCCUGCGGGUCUCCGAUGUGGACCUGGUCGGCGACGAGGCUCUGGGCCACGAGACCCGGUUCUGCCUGUCGCCUUCUGCCACCAAGGCCGUGAAGGAGUACUUCUCCGUCCACGGAGACCAAGCAGUUUGCUUGCGCCAGAGCCAAGAGGUAGCCAUGGCAAUUGUCCAGGGCAAGAGGGAAUGGCAGGGCAGGAGGUGCAGCGACCCAAGGUUCGAAGACCUCGACCAAAUGUUGUUUGCCGAAGAGUCGUACGUCUGAAAUGGAAUAAUUGCUGGAAGAUUUUUAAAAGCCAAUUUUGAGAAAUCGGUGGAUGCUCCUUUAUUGUAGGACUGCAUCUUGUAUCUGACAGACUGUCGUCGAUCACAUCAAGCUGUUUGUACAUUUGGUAUCUUCAGCACCACUAGACGCACACACACUUGCACAAAAAAAUCUGCUCCUGACAGAAAACGACUUUACAUGUUUCUUUUUCUUUUUUUUUUUGCACACAUCAAUAAUAGUCUUGCUGCUAAUGUCGAGUUUGGGGAUGGAGACGUUUUGAUGGUUAUUAUUUUUGCGAGAGGAGAGGACUUCAUUUUUCCCACCUCAACUCUUAAAUGCUCAGUGUUCGCAUUUCCAAAGCACAUUAUUAUGUUUUAAACGCAUUUUUUCGUGAAUAGCUGACACUGUGGAAUUGCAGUGGAGUGUUACCUGACAACAGUGACUUUAAAGAACAGAAGCGAGCUAUACAGCAAUAGAGGACAAUUCAUAAAUGCAUAAAUAUAUCACCACCUACCUUGUGUCAGACUGCCUUUAGAUAAUAUGCUUUAACAGUAGUAAAUGUGCAAAUAUAGAACUUAAAGGAACACGUGAGACACAUCAUCAAAACAGCAUCGGACGGAAUUGAAGAGAACAUCGGAGAUGUUGUCCAACACGUAGCCCCUGGAGAAGGAAAAGCUGGGAUAUUGUGCUCAAACAGUGAGCCUUUGACAGACGUUGGCUGAGAUGAUGUUUGUGCGGUUUGUGACGGAGAGGAAACUCUUCCUUGACCAAGGUGUGUGUGUGUGUGUGUGUGUGCGCGCGCACCUGCCAACGUGCAUAAAAAUGUAAUUGUGAACAUGUAUGCAUGAGCGUCAGUCUGAGUGUGUGAUGUUGACUUUGUACACAUGCGUGUGCAGGUAGGUAUGUCUGAGCACAGAGGAGCCUCAAGCUGCUCUGUACCAUGAAGGAAUGUGGGAGUGAUUUUUCUCCAAUGCAACGUGAAAUAUCUCAUAGCACUUAAAAUUUCUUCCCCUUCAAACCUUGUCCUCCCGUUGGAUACAAAAAUGUGCGAUAUGAGCAACACCCUUUUGAGAUAUUUGUGUGCGCAUUUGGCAUCUCUAGUGUUAGAUGUAAGCGUCUGUGUAUAUACCGUUUUUUUGUGACACUUAUUUUUCCUUGAAAAACUUUUAACAGAUCAUGUUGCUGCCAAUAAUGCGCACAUGUAUGACUUUUGAUAUAGGAUAUUUCAGAGACUUUCUAUAUAUUAUAUAUUCUAUAUUUUCAUUACUCAUUCUUUUUUUUUGUUUUGUAUAGCUGUGUACUUAUGUCUAUAUGAUGCUUCAAUGCGAAAUGCAGUUGUAGGAGCUGUAAGAAACUGAAAGUGUAUUUUUGUACAUGCCAAUCCUGCUGCUGACCUCCCUUAGGGAUAUAUUUGCUAUAAAAGUGCGCCAUGUCGCUAUAUAGUUUAUCGGAUGUGUAAUGCACCUGACAAAGGCAUUAUAAUGACUAUAAUAAAGCAUCACACUCCUCAUGACACAUCA